UAUAAGUUUUUUAAUGAAGAGAAAAUUUCAACAAGAAAAACAGGACAUGAAACAUGGAGUUACAGCAGAAACAAAGAGAAAUCUGGUGUUUUAAAGCAUAUGUACAAUUUGUUUAGAUUUCCCCCCAAACUCAGUACAAAGAAACAUCAGGAACCCCAAAGACAAACAGAAAAUACAGACAAGAUGUACAACUGAGUGAAAUAAGGUGUUUUAGUUCACAAUGACAAACCAUAAACCAUGAAUUACAACUGAAAAAAACAAGCAAAAUAUAAAAGAUAUGGUAAAUUUUUAAUCUAUUGUUAAACAAACAUGCAUUGUCCCUUGAUUGUCCUAUGAAGUCAAACCAAAACUAUACGAUUCUCCAGGUAAACGAAGUAUUCUAGGAGGGAAACAAAACCUGGUAGAGUUUAGAUAAAUGACCAAUUCAACUUUAAAACAAAAUCAUUCCAACAUUUGGAUUGAUGGGAUUUAAAAUUACCUAGGGAGGAAACUCUAGGAAAUUUGCUUAAAUUUUGUUCAUGCACUGAUGAAAACCAUUUAGCUAAAAAUAAUAGUUUAGCUUUGAAAAAACCUAAGAAUAAACCUGGUGAAUUAGAGGUCAGUCAAAUAAACUAAGAGCUUCACUGCAUUUAGUUGGUGGUGAAAUACAGUGUGACAAACAUAAACUUGCUUAUUGAUGACAUGAAACAAAAGUAUUUAUAUACUUUCUGAUCUCUGCUUCAUAGUCUAAGAGUUAUUCAUUCUUGUUGUCCACAAGUUUGGCAGAAACACGUUUAGCCUCAACUGUCUCAAUGAUUUGAAGCUUGUCUAAGCCAAGUCUAACACGGAUUGACUCCCUGAUAUCAGUCUUGGCUAAGUUAAGUUUAACUUGUGUUGUCUUCCUGCUAUUGUUACGCUUUGGUAAGCCAAGUUUGACUCGUAUUCCCUCCUUGACAUCCUCAAACUUCACAGCUCUACUUUUCAGGUCUUUUCCUUUUGACUUCGAAUCAGUGCAGGUGUUUGCAUCACUAAAUUCACUAAUGAACGACAUGAAUGACUCUGAACCCAGGGUGAAAAAUUCUGUCAGUGUGGAGAUUUCCAGCCAAUCUAACCAAAGUACAAAAUUUAAAGCAGCCAACACAAUUAUCAGUGGGUUUGACAGAGUGAGAAACGCUGCAAUAGUCACUGCGACUGCUCUUGAUGCUGCAGGAUUGUCAAAUGCUGAUGGGACGUAACCUGGCAGUGUAACGAUGUUCAACCAAUGCAAACUAAAUAUUACAGACACAACUACCAAGAGAGUAGAUGUGAGGGAGCUGGAGAAGAUAAAAAGCACUGCGACUGUCAGCGUUACCAUGCUUGAUAUUUUAGGAUCGUCUAAUACAGAGAUGACCAACUCUGAGAGGCUCCUUGCAUAUGUGAACGCAUCAGUCAGCGUGAUGAUGUCCAGCCAAUUUAAGCAAAGGGUGACAACAACAGCAACCGAGAGAUUUGUUGUGACAGAGUUUAAGAAGAUGAAAAGCAUUGUGACUGACAGCAUUAACACGCUUGAUAUGUUAGGAUCGUCUAAUGCUGAGAUGACCAACUCUGAGAGGUUCCUUGCGUAUUUGAAUGCAUCUGUCAGUGUGAUGAUGUUCAGCCAAUCUAACCAAAGAGUGACAAUCACAGCAACUGAAAAAGUUGCUGUGAGGGAGUUUGACAAAGUGAGAAGCACAGUGAUGGUCACCGUCAACACUCCUGAUAUUUUAGGAUUAUUUAAUCCUAAAUCAAAGAUGUGUGUCAGUGUAAUGAUGUUAAACUGAUGCAAACUAAAUAUUGCAAACACAACAACUGAGAGAGUUAUUACCACUAUGUUAGACAUGAAGAAGAAGACAGUGAUUGUUGGCGUUAACGCUCCUGAUAUCUUAGGAUCACGUAAUGCUGUGAAGAUUAACUCUGAAAAGUUUCUCUCGGAUGUAAAUGCAUACGUCAGGUUGAUGAUUUUCAGCCAAUUGGACCAAAGUAUGACAAUCGCAGCAACUGAGAGAGCUGUUAUCAGUGAGGUUGACACGGUGAGAAGCACUGCGAUCGUCACCAUCAACACUCCUGAUAUUUUAGGAUUCUUUAACCAUGGUGGGAAGAAAUUUGUCAGUGUAACGAUGUUAAACCAAUGCAAACUAAAUAUUGUAAAUGCAGUUACUAAGAAAGUUGUUAAUAUUGUGUUUGACAUGAAGAAGAACACAGUGAUUGUCAGUGUUAGAGCUCCUGAUAGUUUCCAGUCAUCUAAUACCAGGAUGAGCAACUGUAAGAGGUCCCAUUCAAAUAUCACCUUCAGGCUGAUGAUUUUCAGCCAAAGAAACCAAAGAACAACAUUCACAGCAGCCAAGACAGUUGUGGUCAAUGAGGUUAACAGACUAAGAGACACUAUGAUUGUCAUUGUUGCUGCUCCUGAUAUCUUAGGAUCUUUUACUGCCGAUGGGAAGAAACCUGGCAGCGUAACGAUGUUCAACCAAUGCAGGCUAAAUACUGCAGACACAACAACCAAGAGGAUUGUUGUGAGGGAGUUUGAGAAGAUGAAGAACACAGUGACUGUCAGUGUUAAUGUCCCUGAUAUCUUAGGAUCAUCUAAUGUUGUGAUGACCAACUUUGAGAGCUUGCUGUCGGAUGUGAACACAUGUGUAAGUGAGAUGAUGUUCAGCCAGUGGAGCAUCAGAAGUGCAGCCACUAUGAGUAGAGUUAUGGUCAGUAACAGCCACAUCUUGAUGGUCAGUACAGAUCUUUGCUGUCAAUCAGCCUGGGUCGGGUCGGGUCGGGUGUUGGCAAGACAACUUGCAGAUCCAGAUGAUUUUGACGUAUUUUGGAUUUUGCAAUCUGGCAAAUUCCUGAAAUGA